AUGAUUGGGAAUUCAGCUGCUCCAUAUCGUGCUACAAGGAACACAAGGUCUCAGAGUGCCCAGCCAACCAGCCUUCCCCAGGUACUAGACCCAGGGCCCAGCAAGCCUGAAGCUGCCCACGAUGAUGCUGCGGUUGAAGCUCAGCACACGGAACUCCGUCCUCUCACGUCUCUGAAAUGGCCAUACGUACCAGAGGAAUCUGCGUAUCCAGACCCACUCAGGCGCGAUGACCCUAAGUCACUGCAGCUACCUCAGUAUGAAGCGAUAGCAACAUCUCCAGCCGUCAGACGCUCACUUGCAUCGCACCCACAACUUCCCGCCCUCCUCCGCUCUCUCGAUCAGCUUCGCGGGCCCGAACGCGAAGAAGCCCUCGAGCAUGCACUCGGGGUCGCGCCUCCCGACCCUCGCGAGGUGCGGACAGAGGAUAAUACGCACGCCCUGAGAGAGCUCGCGGAGGCAGUGGAGGCAGCAGUGAGAGGAGGAAAACAGGAUGUGCUAGGUCUAGAUUGGGGUGAUUAG